AUGAACAACGAGAUGGUUAACGAACAACAAAGCGAAGAAACUACAAUUACGUUUCUCUUCGAACCGAUUACAAACGAAAAUAAUGCGAACGCAAUUGACGGGCAUUCAACUUCCGAUGAUGAAUCAAAUAGCUCCGAUGAGGAAAGUUUGCCUUCUUCUACAUCUAACUUUCAACUUCCAAUCAGCGAAGAUUUCGUUGAAGAAUCGAUUGAUUCAACCACUGAAGAUCAUUCAACAUCUUCUUUAAGCUUCACGGCAAAUCGUGAUGACGUUCUCAAGCGAACUCAAAUGUCAGUCGAACACGCCAUGAUUAACAAUGCCUAUGAAAAUGAAAUUCAAUAUGUAAAAGACACUUUGGAGUUCAAUAUUCUUCUUAUGGGCGCACCACGAAUCGGUAAGAGUCAAUUGACCAAUGCUCUGACCGGAAAUAAAAUACAUAAAGCACAAACGAGCUCAAGCUUGGAAUCGUGUACCCAAAGACUCCAGAGAUACGAAGUGACAUGUGGAUCAUCGAAUGAUUCUUCAAAUGAACAAUCGAAAGUUUUUAUCUGGGAUACUAAAGGCAUUGAAAAUUGGUCAGACGAUAACGUUGUACGAGAAUUGAUUCAUGUUAUUGAAACAAUUCAUCCGAUUGCUGUGAUUUACUGUGCUGCACCAGGUACUUUCGCAAAAUUACAUCAAGUGGAAAUUAUUCUUAACUAUUGUAUGUACAAAAGCAUCUUCUGUGCAGCAGUCAUAACAAAUAUGUGGUCAGGUACACGAGAAGCUCGAUUGUCUGUUCAAAAUGAUUUAGAAAAGAUUCUCGAACGAUUUGGUCCUCGGAAAAUUCUCGAAUUUGAUACAAAUGAUCCCAUUCUUCGUAAACAUGAAGUGAUUAUGUAUGGCGAUAAAGCUCUAUGUACCAUGGUGAACAGCACACCAUUUGUUAAUUUGGAUUUAUCAUCAGUUGAAAAACCCGUUCGUGGAAUUGAUGAAUUAACAUAUUGCAUCAUGCAAUCAUUAGCAGAAGACAAAGUGCGAGGCUGGUGUCAGGCUGUUCUGGGUAAUCGAAGCUUUUGGCAAAAGAUUCGACAUCAGACAUAUGGCUUUGUAUUGGAAAAAUAUUCGCAAUUACCUAUAAUUGCAGAGAAACUUCAACACGGUUUAGAGACCAUGUUUUCGGAUGUUUUAAAUACUUUGAACACUUUAUUUCUUUGA